UCUGUGAAUUCAGUACGAAAUUUCGCUUUCAACGGUGAUCAACAGUCAGAAGGUUUAUCUGCAAUCAGCAUCAAGAUGAGGACCACUCGUUCGCUAGUUUGUCUCUGUUUGUUUUUCCUCGCCGCCAAGGCCGACGUCAGCGAGAUCCUGAACCAAACGCCCCAACAGCCGGCGGAGAUCCAAUCAUGCAUCGUGUUGACUAACAGCGCCGCUUCCAGCGAACCUCAAUCAGCCAAGCUGGAGCAAGCCACGGAUGUCAUUCCUACUGAGGCUGCCGCCCCCGCUGAGCCAACGACAGUCGAAGCAGAAGCUACCGAAGAAGAAGAAGAAUCUGAACCCGAGCCAACCGAACAGGCUGACGUCAAUACGACACCGGAAGUGGUGGCGGCGAGUAACGAGCCAGAACCAACCGAAGCACCUGCGGUUGUUGAACCGGUGGCAGCUAAACUCCAGCUGGACAGCUCCCAUCCCGAUUUCCAGGGACCAUAUCACUACGAGAAACCGAAAGUGCAACUGGAUUAUGGAACCCCAGCUGAGGAGGAAGUGGUGGCCGAAGUAAACAUUUCCCCGAAGGUUCAAAACGAAUACCUGCCGCCGGCAACCGAUUUGGAGGCCCCUGUCGUUGCAAAGCGACAUGCCAAGUUCCUGGGAGGACGUUUUUGAGGGUAGAGUGUAUAAAAUGAGUGA